CAGAGUUUGCAGAGUAGAAGCUUCACCUUCACUAUCCAAUAGCUUCUCGUCUUCCAUGGCUGCUUCUAUGUCUUUUCCUUGUUUCCUUGUCUUCUUUCUUGGUUUUUGUUUGGUGGGUUCCGUUGAAUCGAGGGAUUUUCACGAGCUCUAUCAGCCAAGCUGGGCUUUCGAUCAUUUCAUCUAUGAAGGAGAGCUUCUUAAGCUUAGACUCGACAACUCUUCUGGUGCUGGGUUUUCAUCGAAGAACAAGUACAUGUUCGGGAAGGUCACAAUCCAAAUGAAACUCAUAGAGGGUGACUCUGCUGGAACUGUCACCGCAUUUUAUAUGUCAUCAGAUGGCCCAAAUCACAAUGAAUUCGACUUCGAGUUUCUGGGGAAUACAACAGGGGAGCCGUACUCUGUUCAGACCAACGUGUAUGUUAAUGGCGUUGGCAACAGAGAGCAGAGAUUAAACCUCUGGUUUGACCCAACCAAAGAGUUCCACUCCUAUUCCAUCCUCUGGACUCGGCGCCAUGUCAUGUUCCUUGUCGAUGAAACCCCAAUAAGAGUGCAUUCUAAUUUGGAGCACAGAGGCAUACCCUUCCCGAAGGACCAAGCGAUGGGCGUAUACAGUUCAAUUUGGAACGCCGAUGACUGGGCGACACAGGGGGGUCGGGUGAAGACAAAUUGGGCACAUGCGCCAUUCGUAACGUCGUACAAAGGCUUCGAGAUAGACGGCUGCGAGGCCCCCGCGGCUGGAGAUGUUGCUCGGAAAUGCAGUAGCGAUGGGGAGAAUAAGUAUUGGUGGGAUGAGCCAACCAUAUCAGAGCUGAAUUUGCACCAAAGUCAUCAGCUGGUUUGGGUUCGGGCUAAGCAUAUGGUUUAUGACUAUUGUACGGAUUCCGCUCGGUUCCCUGUUACCCCUGCUGAGUGCGUCCAUCACACCCACCGCCAUUACUGAUGAGGAUUGAGCUCCUGCUGCAUUUUCGCCAUGGAAAUGGAUUGUUGUUCACUGUACAAAGAAGAAGAAGAAGAAGAAAGAAACAUGGGCUCCAUGUUUUUGUUUUCGAAAUUUCAUGAUGGCCAAAAUCCAUUGUCUAAUCUGAUUAAUUAAAUUGAUUCUCUCGCUUGUUCUAAUUAUGAUAAUGGGAUUUUGAAAUUAGUGUUUAA